UUAAGAACAGCCAGCCCGGAAAGAGAGAGCGGAGAGAGAGACAGACAGCAAGGAGCGCACGGAGAGCGCAUAGAGCUGAGCACCGGGAGCGCAGCACGGACAGCUCAGCGCCGGGAGCGCGGACAGCGGAGCGCCCAGCACCGGGAGCGCGGAGGACGGAGAGCACAGCGCCGGGACUGCCCUGUGGCGGCGGCUCCCCGUUUCUCCAGCAUCGAAUCCCGAGACCCAGAUCCAGUGGACACUGCUUGACCCCAGUGACUGGUCAGACUGGACCUCGUCUCUGAGACGUGAACAUCCUACCUUCUGCUCGAGAGCCCAGAGACAGUGGAAGAGACACUGGUAAGAGGUACACAGGAUGGGUAAUCUGAUUAAGGUGUUAACCAGGGAUAUAGACCACAAUGCUGGGAAUUUUUUCCUGGAUUUUGAAAGUGUCCUAACAUGGGGAACCUUCUGAAAGUCUUGACUUGCACAGACCUCGAACAGGGGCCCAAUUUUUUCCUUGAUUUCGAAAACGCACAACCCACAGAAGCCGAGCGGGAGAUAUGGGACCAGGUGGAUGUGGUCCUCAAGGAGGCUCGUGGCAUUCUGGACGACCUGCAGGCGUACCAUGGUGCAGGGGAAGCCAUCCGGGAGGUAAGGAGCCUGACAAAUGUUCAGGUUGGCCUCCUGCACCUUCUGUCAUCGACGCCCCCUCUUUGUCUCACAGAGGGAGCACUGCACGGCCUCCUGGGGGCGCUCACCAGCACACGCUACACGCCGACGCAGCAUCUGGAGCGGGAGCAGGCACUGGCCAAGCAGUUUGCAGAGAUCCUGCACUUCACACUGCGCUUUGACGAGCUUAAGAUGACGAACCCAGCCAUCCAGAAUGACUUCAGCUACUACCGAAGAACUUUAAAUCGCAUGCGGAUCAAUAACGUUCCGGCUGAGGGAGAAAAUGAGGUCAACAACGAGCUGGCCAAUCGGAUGUCUCUCUUCUAUGCGGAGGCCACGCCCAUGCUGAAGACAUUAAGUGAUGCCACAACAAAAUUUGUAUCAGAAAACAAGAACCUGCCUAUAGAAAACACCACAGACUGCUUGAGCACCAUGGCCAGUGUGUGCAAAAUCAUGCUGGAGACGCCCGAAUAUCGCAGCCGCUUUGCCAGCGAGGAGACUGCCUCCUUCUGCCUGCGUGUCAUGGUGGGGGUCAUCAUUCUCUACGACUUUGUUCACCCUGUCGGCGCCUUUGCCAAGGGCUCCAAGAUCGACAUGCGAGGAUGCAUUAAAGUGCUGCGCGACCAGCCCCGGAACAGCGUGGAAGGCCUUCUGAAUGCGCUCAGGUACACCACAAAGCACCUGAACGACGAGUCUACCUCCAAGAACAUCAAAGCCAUGCUGCAGUAGAGCCUCCGGAAGCUUCUGGGAGACAGUGUUGUCAAGCAGCAUGCAGAAUGUCUUCAGUAAAGUUUGACAUCCAUACAGAGCGGCUCCAUCCGUUUAUAACGAAAACGUUUCUGCUAAACUCAGUCUUUUCUGUGCCAAAAUUUUAACUAAAGAGCUGGAGAUUUUUUAAUGCUUUCAGAAAAGACCAUGGAUCCUGUGGCAGCUAUUGUUGCGUAACAUUUCUGGUUAAUUUUUUUUUUUCAUAUAUGAGAGGGAGAGUAAUUUGACUUGAAAAUAAAUAUAUAGAUAUUAAAAUUUACAUUAUUUUUGUCCGAUCUGAUAUUUAAUGUUGUUUUCUCUGCUUGUCAGGAUUUCAGUCUUGGAUUCAUGCCAAGGGAAAAAAAAUAUCAUUUUAAAUUAUGUCAUAAUGAAAGGUACCCGGACAAUGGAGAUUAUUGCAAAGGAUACACUGUUUAUGUCGCAGAUUUCUUAAUUAUUUUUUAUAGUUUUUGAUUUCCUUCUGUACGAGUGGGAUGAUAUUAAUUUGAAAAUCAGCCUCCAGACUGAUGCGUGUUGAAUCAGAUUUUAGAAAUAUCUAUGAGCGCAUGUAAAUGGAAAAUGGAAAAUUUGACUUAAAUAAAAAUGCUUUUUGUUUUUGUA